AUGCAGCAGCCAGGUCUACGACGCUAUGACGGGGGACUAGAUGCUCGAUUUCGAGGUCGGGAUAAACGAGUUGCUAGAGAGCGGGGUCAAGGUGCUGAUCUGCGCCGGGGAAUAAGACCUAGUCUGCAACUGGCUGGGGAACUCGAAUUGGGUCGGGGCAGGGGAAGUUUCGCGCCGCUCCCAAUGUGUCGCCAGACACUUUUUCCUAUUGAACAUGAUGUUGAUUUAGAUUAG